CUCUCGUUCUCCCCUCUCUUUCGCGCUGCGCGGCCGUUGCAGCUGCUUGGCCCGAGCCCCCCUCGCGGCCCCCAUUCGGCGGGCGCCUGGCGCGGGCCCUCGCACAGGCGGCCACUGAGGGGGCGGGCGAGCUGCUCUUCCGAGGCCUGCGAGCCGCGCUCCACGAGCGGCUCGUGGGCCAGCCUCUCCUCUCGCUCGCGGACUUCGGCGCCUCCUCUGCGGGGUCGCCGUGGACCGCGCAGGCCGUCUCCCCUGAGGAGGGGAUGGGAGCGAAGGGAGACUGGAGAAGGGAGCCCAGAGGAGGAGGAGGAGGAGGACGGGGAGAGCGCAAAGGGUAGGUGCCGCGGGCGGUGCUGGAGCCCGCGCUGCGCGAGAGCGCACGCGCCUGCGGCGCCCGCCCCCGCCGCGCUGCCGCUGCACCGGGCUGACACCGGGCUGGCGCGCGACGUGAAACCGGCGGCCCGCCUGUGGAAGAAGCGCGAAGCUGGGAUUGACUACGGAAAAAGAGCAGCGUGGGAUAAACCAUCCUGGCACUCAAAAGUAAUUAACGCAGAAACUCAAAACGUCGUGAAGCCUUGGAUCAGAAGAGCGCAGGGCGCUGAUCAGAAGGAGCGUGGCGCCCGUCAGGACACGGCCAGAGCAGGAGGACCGUGGGCAGCACUUCGCUCGGCCCCCAGCCUGGGCGGGUCCACGCCGUAGAUCGACUCCACCGACAAGGGGUCCGCAUCGUCGGGGUGGUCGUCGCAGUGGGGUCC